CGCUCCUCCUGUCCCGGGCGGGUAUGGCGGACGAGGGCGCCGUCACGGUGUGCGUGCGUGUUCGGCCGCUCAUCGCUAGAGAAAAUGCCUCAGGAGAUAAAGUGUCCCUGCACUGGAGAAGUGAGAAUAAUACUAUUUCCGACGUGAAUGGUACCAAAAUAUUUAGUUACGAUCGUGUCUUUCACUCAAGUGACAACACUCAGCAGUUGUAUGAUGGUGUAGCUGUUCCAAUUAUACAGUCAGCUGUGCGAGGCUAUAAUGGCACGAUUUUUGCUUAUGGACAGACUGCUUCAGGGAAGACUUACACAAUGAUGGGGAAUGAAGAUUCCAUGGGCAUUAUCCCUAAGGCAAUUCAACAUGUGUUCAAAAUUAUUUGUGAGAUUCCAGAUAGAGAAUUCCUGCUAAGGGUUUCUUACAUGGAAAUCUACAAUGAGACAAUUACUGAUUUGCUUUGCGAUAAUAGGAAAAAGAAGCCUCUGGGAAUUCGUGAGGAUGUUAAUAGGAAUACAUAUGUAGAAGAUCUGAUUGAAGAAGUGGUGGUUUCCCCAGAACAAGUUAUGGAAUGGAUCAAAAAAGGAGAAAGAAAUCGCCAUUAUGGAGAAACAAAAAUGAAUGAACACAGCAGCCGUUCUCACACUAUCUUCAGAAUGAUCAUUGAAAGCAGAGAACGAAGUGACCUUGCAAAUGCAAACUGUGAUGGAGCAGUCAUGGUUUCCCACUUGAACCUGGUAGAUCUGGCAGGCAGUGAAAGAGCUAGUCAAACAGGAUCUGAAGGUGUUCGACUGAAAGAAGGCUGCAAUAUAAAUCGGAGCUUGUUCAUUCUGGGCCAAGUUAUCAAAAAACUUUGUGAUGACCCUUCUGGCUUCAUAAAUUACAGAGAUAGCAAGCUGACUCGAAUUCUGCAGAACUCCCUUGGAGGAAAUGCUAAAACAGUUAUUAUUUGUACAAUUACUCCUGUUUCUUUUGAUGAGACACUCAGCACUCUUCAGUUUGCCAAUACAGCCAAAGGAAUGAAGAAUACACCAAAAGUCAAUGAAGUACUUGAUGAUGAUGCCCUCCUGAAGAGAUACCGCAAAGAAAUUCUGGAUUUGAAAAAGCAGCUGGAGGAAGUGUCUUCAAAAACUCAGAUUCAUGCAAUGGAAAAGGACCAAUUGGCCCAGCUGUUGGAAGAAAAAAAUUCCCUUCAAAAAGUACAGGAGGACAGAAUACGAAACUUAACUGAGAUGCUGGUGACUUCUGCUUCCUUUGCCUCAAAACAGAAUGUUAAAGCCAAGAGAAGAAGAAGAGUUACUUGGGCUCCUGGUAAAAUAAACCAGGCAAAUGUGAACUUUUUUGAAGACUUUGAAAAUGCAAUGCCGACUGAAACAAAAAAAAUGAAGUUGUCUCUGCCAUCAGUAGGAGAUGCGGAGGAUUCUACCUUAGAGAAUUCUGAGUAUGACAGCACUAUCCUGAUGGUUCCUGAUCAAGUUUCAGAAGCAGAAUGGAUUGCUGGUCCAAACAUGAAUUGGACCCAGAAAGACUUUGAAGAAUCUGUGCAACUCUGUGAAGCAUUAGCACUAGAAAAGGACAUCGCUGUAAAUGAGGUCAACAUCCUGCAAGCAAACUUCAAUAACCUAGUGCUGGAAAAUGAGCAGUUGAAGUCAGAAAUAAAUGAAAUGAAAGAGAAACUGAAGGAAAAAACAGAAAUAGAUGAAUUUGAAGCACUGGAAAAGCAAACACAAAAAGAUCAUGAGGCAGAAAUAAACGCCAAACUGGAACAGCUAAAAGAGAAAGAGAACAAAAUAAAAAUAUUACAGAAUCGUGUGGAAGAAUUACAAAAAGCAGGAGUGGAAAAAAAGGAGACAUCUUUUUCAGUGGGAGAUUCUGAUAAACUGAUUGAAGAAAUUCAGCAGCUGAAUAAAUCCUUCUUAGAUAGCGAAGCCAUAGCCUUGGAUGCCAAAAAGGAAUCUGCUUUUCUCAGAAGUGAAAAUUUGGAGUUGAAGGAGAAGAUGAAUGAACUCUUAAAUAACCACAACCAAAUGCAAAAGGAUGUUCAAUUAUAUCAAAGCCAAAUAGAAGCGGGAAAAACCAGUUACCGAAAAAUGCAAGCUGACUUGCAGAGAGAGCUGCAAUUUUUAUUUCAAGAAAACUCAAGACUAACUUCACUGAUGGAGGGUAAAGUUCCAAAAGAUUUGCUUUCUCAUGUGGAGCUGGAAAAAAAGGCAGCUGACUUAAAAGGAGAACUAGAAAAUGCUUUGAAAGAGAAUGAGCUUCUACAAAAACAAGUAAACGAGCUAUCAGAAUUUCAAUCUCUACCAACUACUGUUGAGAUGCAAAGGAAAGAGAUUCUUGAAAAAUGUGAGGAGUUGUGCUUAUUAAAAUUGGAAAAUGAAAAGCUGCUUUCUGAAGUAUCUCAUAAUGAAAUGAGACUUAAACAUAUGUCUGAAGAAAUUGAAAAAUCAAAAGAUAAUCUGACAGAUGCACAACUGAAGUAUGUGAAGUCUGAUGAGGAAUAUGUAGCACUUAAAAAACUCCAUGAAGAAAUAGAAAAAAAAUACAUAGCUGCAUCAGAAACCAAUGAACAAAUGAAGCUCCAAAUAGAAUGCCUAUCUAAAGAAGCACAAGAGUCUAAAGCAAUUUUGGAUGAAGUCAAAUUAGAGCUCUCUAGCAAAAUGAAAGAACUGGAAGAAAAAACAGCAGAGCAAAACCAACUUCUUGAGCUAAGAGAAAAUCUUAUUCGGACUCAGCAGAAGUUAAAUGAAAUGGAGCAAUUAAAAGAGGAAGAAAGGAUUAAUGAAAUGAGACAGGAGGCCGAAGAUCUGGAGAUCCAGGCAGUUUUGCAGCAGCUUACAGAAUGUCGGGAAGAAAUAAAAAUUCUAAUCCAGGAAAGAGAUGACCUGAAGCAAAAAGGGGAGACUCUCCAAGCUGAGGCAGAGCAACUCAGAGAGGAUAUAAAAGACACUGUUUCAAUGAACAUCUUGGCACAUGAAGAUCUGAGAAAUACACAAAGUUCUCUGCAGGAAUCCCAGAAAACUGUCAAGAAGUUGGAAAAAACGAUUUCUGAAAAAGAAUCUCAGAUUCUGAGUGUUGAAGAGGCAUUAGGGAAAACCAUUAAAGAACUCCAAAUACAGAUCUCAGAAAUGACAGAAGAAAUUAAAAUCAUCACAUCAGAGAGAGAUCAGCUUGCUGAGGAGAAAUUGGAAAGUAAUAGCUGUAGAGAAAGUGAUCAGCUUCAGGUGCAAAAGGAACAAAUCAUUUUCCUUACACAAGAGAACCGUUCAUUGCAGGAGAAGCUGGACAGCUUAUUUUUGAAAAAAGAGGAGUUUGGAGAAGGAACUUUGGUAUCACCAAUGCAAGGACAAUCUAUGGAGCAAGAGUUAAUUCUUCUGAGAGAAGAGCUGAGCCAUGCACAAAGGAAAUUGCAUGAAAUGGAGGAAGCAAAGGCCAGUGAAUAUCAAGGAGAAUCUGAAGAAAUGGAGAGUACAAAUGUUAUUCCAAAACCACAUGACUCCCAGGAAGUCAGCACCCAGACAGAAAGAGAUGAUGAUGAAUUUAAAAUGCAACUGGAAAAUCUCCAGAAUGAGAGGGAGCAGCUGAGGGAAACUCUACAGGAGACAAUUAACAAGAACUCGGAGAUACAGGAAGAGUUGAGAUGUACUCGUGAAUCUCUUGGACAACAUCAGGAGACAAUUGCAGAGCUGAAGGGCAGUAUUUCAGAGAAAGAAAAUCAGCUCUCGAGGGCACAAGAGGCGUUGGAGGAAAAAACUGAUGAACUGCAGCAGAAGCUCACUGAAGUCACUGCAAACCUGACUCGUGUCUCAGCUGAGUAUGGCAACCUCAUGGCAGAAAAGGAACAAACUGAAAGGGCAAUGAAUGAGCAAGUGUGUCAGCAGCUUGAGAGAAUCACUUUACUUAACCAGGAGAGAGAUGAGCUACAGCAAAUGGUAGAGACUUGUAAAGAAAGGGAAGAACAUUUGUUAAAGGUUCAAAGGCAGUCAGAGAUCUUGAAGGACAGCCUAACAAGCAAGAUCUCAGAAAUGACAGAAGAAAUUAAAAUCAUCACAUCAGAGAGAGAUCAGCUUGCUGAGGAGAAAUUGGAAAGUAAUAGCUGUAGAGAAAGUGAUCAGCUUCAGGUGCAAAAGGAACAAAUCAUUUUCCUUACACAAGAGAACCGUUCAUUGCAGGAGAAGCUGGACAGCUUAUUUUUGAAAAAAGAGGAGUUUGGAGAAGGAACUUUGAUAUCACCAAUGCAAGGACAAUCUAUGGAGCAAGAGUUAAUUCUUCUGAGAGAAGAGCUGAGCCAUGCACAAAGGAAAUUGCGUGAAAUGGAGGAAGCAAAGGCCAGUGAAUAUCAAGGAGAAUCUGAAGAAAUGGAGAGAACAAAUGUUAUUCCAAAACCACACGACUCCCAGGAAGUCAGCACCCAGACAGAAAGAGAUGAUGAUGAAUUUAAAAUGCAACUGGAAAAUCUCCAGAAUGAGAGGGAGCAGCUGAGGGAAACUCUACAGGAGACAAUUAACAAGAACUCGGAGAUACAGGAAGAGUUGAGAUGUACUCGUGAAUCUCUUGGACAACAUCAGGAGACAAUUGCAGAGCUGAAGGGCAGUAUUUCAGAGAAAGAAAAUCAGCUCUCGAGGGCACAAGAGGCGUUGGAGGAAAAAACUGAUGAACUGCAGCAGAAGCUCACUGAAGUCACUGCAAACCUGACUCGUGUCUCAGCUGAGUAUGGCAACCUCAUGGCAGAAAAGGAGCAAACUGAAAGGGCAAUGAAUGAGCAAGUGUGUCAGCAGCUUGAGAGAAUCACUUUACUUAACCAGGAGAGAGAUGAGCUACAGCAAAUGGUAGAGACUUGUAAAGAAAGGGAAGAACAUUUGUUAAAGGUUCAGAGGCAGUCAGAGAUCUUGAAGGACAGCCUAACAAGCAAGCUCACUGAAGUCACUGCAAACCUGACUCGUGUCUCAGCUGAGUAUGGCAACCUCAUGGCAGAAAAGGAGCAAACUGAAAGGGCAAUGAAUGAGCAAGUGUGUCAGCAGCUUGAGAGAAUCACUUUACUUAACCAGGAGAGAGAUGAGCUACAGCAAAUGGUAGAGACUUGUAAAGAAAGGGAAGAACAUUUGUUAAAGGUUCAGAGGCAGUCAGAGAUUUUGGAGCACAGUCUAACAAGCAAGAUUCAAAAGUUAACUGAGACACUAAAUAGCGUAUCAUGUGAGAAGGACCAGUUAUUAGCUGAAAGAGCUAGUCACUCUUUACAACUUAAAGAACAAAUCUCAUCAGUUAAUCAAGAAAAAGAUGAGCUACAAAAACUUCUUCAGGGUGUCAGGUCUGAGCGGGACCAGCUCAAGACAGAAUUGCAAAGAAAUUCUGAGAUGUGUGUUGAAACAAAGGCAAAACUAGAAGAUGCUUUAGAACAACUGAAGCAGAGAAAAGACUUAAAUAAUAUGUCCAUUCAGGCACACCCAGUGGAUAUUGCAGAGCAGGUGGCUGAUGACAGCUUGAAAGAAAAAAUCUUGAAAAUUAAGGAGCUUCUUGAGAAAUUCCUAAAUGUGGGGAAGAGAUACGAAUGUCUCUCUACAGUGUCUCUUAAGCUAAAGAGUGAACUGAAGAGUCAGAAAGCACUGAUAGCUGUGAUACUGCCUCAGCUUACAUUGGAGCAGAGUAAACAAGUCAAAACUCUUCAAACUAAAAAUGAGGAAAUGAACAGUCAUCUCCAGAAGUUAUUGACCAAAUUGAAGCUUCUGUUUAGUUCUGUUUGCACAAAGAAAAGAGAAUAUCACUCUACUGUUCACAAGUAUGAAACGGAAUUGCUUGAGGAAAAAAGAAAACAAAAUCACCUACAAUCCCAGAUUCAACGUCUCAGGAAGAUUGAUUUGAAGCAGAAUGAAGUAUCAUCUCAAGAGUUAAACAGCAGUGAAGGGCUGCAGAGUUUCCAUUUACAUGAAGAGAGCAUUCUCAAAGAUGUAUCAGAAAUGGAACAUGAACUUCUCUGCAUAGAAGCAGAGUUACAGAACGAAGAAAGUGCUAGAAAAGAAACAAUACAGUUCUGGGAAGCUUGUUCAGGAACUCACUGGGAUGCAGAGGAACUGAAAGAAGAACUAAAGAAAGAUAAUGAAAGGCUCAUGCAAGUCCUUAAAUUCUGGACUCCGAAAGUAAAGAUACUCCUUGAACUUUCUUCAGAGCUGGAUGACAGAACUGCUAAUUAUAGUAAAAAUGCUGAUGUUGAAUUAAAACAGAGAAAAGAGAAAAAUGAAGAGUUGCUUCAGGACCUAAACACUCUAAAAGAAAAACUGGCCUCUGGUGGCUCUGCCAGUCUGGCGUUACAAGAAGAAAAUUAUAGGCUUCAUAAUAAAUUAAAGGCUGCAGAACAAGAUAAAAAGGCUAUGGAAGUAAAAAUUCAGAAGUUGGAAAAUGUAAUAAAUGAAGUAGGAGAAAGUGUCAAAGAAAAAGACAAGAUAAACAAGUUACAAGCACAGAUCAGAGUAAGAACAGAGACAAGUGAGCUCACCCAACUUCAAGCCAAACUGAAUGAGAUGGAUAAUUGCCUUAGGACUGCCUUAACAGAGAAGCAGAGUCUUCAGGCAAAAUUAGAUAAAGGUGCUGAGCUGCACAAAGAAGAAAUUGACCAUCUCAAAACACAAUUGGUAAAGUGUAAUCUGGAAAGAAUGAAACAAACCAACUCCUUUGAAGUGAAACUUGCUAAUUAUAAAGCCCUUGCAGAACACCGAGAAGAACAGUUAACAAAGCUAAAAGAGGAAUUGAGAAGAGCACACCAAGAGCAAGAUGUUACUGUGCUGAAAGAAGCAGAUCCUCAGCAAUCCCAAAUACCCUUUACUUGUGGUGGUGGCAGUGGUAUUGUGCAGAGCACACAAAUACUUGUUCUAAAAUCUGAACAAGCUAAGCUACAGAAAGAGAACUUGCAGCUGAAGAAACAAAAUGACCUUCUGCUGAGUGAUGAACUUCAAUUGAAAGAGGAACUCAGGAAAUGGAAGGAAAGAGCACUAAAAUGGAGAGAACGAUCCUCAAGAGAAACUACUCGAGAGACAAUACCCAAGUCUCCUAAGAAGGCAGUGUCAUAUUUCUUUAAAGAGCAAAUGCCUUCACCCUCCAAAGAAACUGUUUCUCAGGAAAUAGUAACUCAGGACAUAGCAAAGCCACUGCCUCUGACUUGUCCAACAAAUUUCUUUGAUAAUUCCAACUUGGGUGUGCUAACAGAUACUCGACCUGCAGGCACAGAGUCUACAGAAGAACACCUUAAGCACUUGUUUGGGACUUCAGACAAAGAUAAAGCCCCUGAUUGCAGCACCCAGUAAAGAUGCUCAGUCUUAAGCUGCCCUUACAGUGUCUAUAGCCAGGAUCUGCAUAUACAAAAGAAAAUUGCUUCAGGUUAAAAACCAUCAGCCUCUUCCAUCUUUUCUAUCUUGGAGUUUCUACUUCCCACAACUGGGAAAGCUGGAAUAUGAGGACAACAAUGGAAAACCAGACGUUGCACCACAACCUGCUAAUCUGCUGAUGUUCUGCUUUGGUGUUUUGAUGCGGAUUUUUUUGAUGGCAAAGAGAAAUUACUGUAUUGAAGAAAGAAAUGGAAGAAGUAAUGGAUCACAAACUAAUCUACUGUGAAACUUCUCAGUCUUAAACUUCUCAUUCUGUCAUUUCUAAACCGGCCCUUUUCUGGGGUGUUGAUAUUUGUAUCUUCAGACUGCUGCUGACUUGGCAAGAAAUAUUCUUUUUGUUUCUUAGCAUGUGGUUUUUAUACAAAGCUUUCUUUAAGCCAGUAGAAACUGCAUUUUCACCACAAUCUUGACCUCUUUGGACACUGCAACCAAAGUUACUGAUCUUCUGUUUGUAAAGCACACAAUCAAGGGUUCCUCUUAAACUCCUUAGAAGUUUCUGCAGCUCAGCCAAUUAUGGUACCAUGAGUAACUUUGAAUUUUGCAUCAUUUUUCAAGAUACUUGUCUGAGGUUUUUGCUUUUUUUUUAAUAGUAAGCAAUGGACUUAACACACUUCUUCUUCUCCAGUGAAGGGAAAACAAACCAGAUCACUGGGGUAAGAUGGACUCUUAUUAGCUUACU